AUGCCGGCAGUAAAGGCAGACGACAUAACUGCCGUGGUUCCCGAUGAGAUUGGCGCAGUGGAGGGUGCAGACGAGGAGUCCGCCCUGAGCCCCGGCAAGGGCCAGGCCGCGAGGAAGCACGCAGCAGCAAUUGAGAGCGCCGACAGCGACGAGAAAGAGUUCUACCCCCUGUGGAAACUGACCCUGGUGGCCUUGCCACAGCUCGGUGUGCAGGUGAUGUGGUGCUUCAUCGGGCCCAACGCUGCUCCAUACAUGGGACAUCUGGGCGUGGGCCCUUCCUUGGCGACUUUAAACAAUGUGGCAGGUCCCAUCACCGGCUUCUUUACCGGGCCGAUCAUCGGCGCAUGGUCAGACCGUUUAACCUCCAAGUGGGGCCGUCGACGGCCAAUUAUCUUGGGAGGACUGAUUUCCACAUGGGUCGCAGGACUGUUGUUUUCCGCCAGUGAGCAUCUCUUUGCCGACACGGCUGCAAAGAUUGGAUUCGCGGUGCCUAUGUACUGGGUGAUGGACGUGACGAUCAACAUCCUCCAGACACCUCACCGGGCCUUGGUCUCUGACCUUGCUACCGUGGAGCAGCAGGUGCCGAUGCAGGUGGUCUUUGUGGUGAUCAUGUCCAUUGGAAACUUCUUGGGCUACUCGAUUAUGCAGAUCUAUGCCAUCCCCGUGGAGCACAUGUUGAAGCUGAUGGCCAUGAUCUGUGCACUCAACACCCUCUGCAUCGGCGUACAGUUUGCUGUGGCCAAGGAGGUGCCCCUGAAGCGGGCGGAAAGCGCCGGUAAGGGCUGCUGCGCCCCUGUUUUGAGCGUCGUCUCAUCGAUACGAGGCAUGCCAUGCCUCCUCUACCAUCUCGCCUUUGUGCAAUGUCUGGUCUGGAUUGGAAACACUGCGUGGACCUACUACUCCUCUCAGUGGUUCGCCGAUUCCGUGUAUGAAGGUGACCAGCACGCAGCAGAUGGCUCUGAGGCGAAGCUGGCCUACGGUGAAGGCAUGCACGCCUUCAGCAUGGGCGGACAGUAUCGCUCGGGAUUUCAACUGCUGGCAGCUCUGUCGAUUAUCGUGCUCCUGCUCCAGACUCGCCUGCGUCCACGCCUGAUCUAUGCUCCCUGCAUUUUCAUUGGGGCGAUUGUUAGCUUCCUUGCCGGCUACGUCGUUGGCCACAAUGCCGCGUUCGCAAUUAUCGUCUUCGUUUUCUCUAUCAUGCCGGAGACGGGAUCCUUUGCGAUCCCUUUUGGGCUCGUGGCUACGCUCAACAAGCGUGCAGAGCAAGAGGGCAAGCAGGUGAGCACCGCUCUUCAAAUGGCCCUGCUCAACUGCUGCGUCACCGUGGGGCAGCAGGUAUGCCAUGUAGUGACGGCAACCAUCGAGACGAGUUUGCCCCUGCAUGCGGCCCUGCCUGUCGCCUUCCUCUUUGCAGCAGCAGUCCCUUGCCUUCUUGGUCGAGGUUGA